AUGUUCGCUGCGCUCCGCCGACUGCGAACGCUCAACGGCCCGCUGAUACGCUUCAACACCACCGCAGCCGCUGCCCAGCAGCCAACCCCCCCGCCAGCCGCACCCAGCAGCUCACCCUCAGACGCAGACGCGACCGCCUCCGCGAAAAAGCGAAGACGGCCCCGCAAAAAAUACGCCAGGCAGCGUCCCUCCAUCACCCUCGAGCGACCGCGCGAUUGGUGCCGCCCCGUCGCGCCGGGCGUGCUUCCCGCGUACGACGAGGCGCUGCGCUACAUUGCCGUCGACUCGCGCAGCAUCAAGCACGAGGCCCAGGCGCUCGCGGCGACCCUCGACGGCGGCAGCGUCCCGGCCGACGAGGCGCAAGACGCGCGCGCGCGCCUGGAGACACUUGAGAUCAUGUCCGAGGUGAACCUCCCGUGGGUCAGGCACCUCGUCGAGAAGAGGUGGAGGGAGGACGGCGCGCUCGAUCUUUUGAUGGAGCGUAUUCACCAGAUGAACGUCGUCCCCGAUCUGAUUCCAGACCUCCGCCCCGGAUUUGACCUCCGCAUCACGUUCCCCGAGCCCCCGCCCGAGAGCGUGUACCUCCGCACGCGUGUCAAGCGGCGCUACGUAGCCAUCGAGCCCGGUAUCUUCCUGCACAACGAGCAGACCAAGAAGGCGCCGCGGCUCUACACAACCGUAUUCCACACAGACGAGAGACUGUACACUAUGAUGCUAGUCGACCCAGAUGUCCCGGACGAGGAAACCCGGUCGUUCACGACCUACCUCCACUGGCUCCACCCGAACAUCAGCCUCUCCAGCGGCGCGCCGACGCCCCUCCCGCUGACGGCCACGCACACGCCCUAUGUCCCGCCGCACCCCGCGCAGGGCACGCCCUACCACCGCUACGUCCUGCUCUUCCUCCCACAGGCGUCCCCGACCGAGCGCAUCCGCGUCCCGCAGCUCGAGCGCCGCGGGUUCAACGUGCGCGAGUUCGCGCAGACGCACGGACUCCAGCUCGAGGGCGGCGCCGCGCACAUGUGGCGCGCGGUGUGGGACGAGGAGGCCGCGCGCGUGUGGGACCAGGUGCUCAAGGUGCCCCAGCCGCGCUUCGGGCACCUGCCGAGGCCGGACCCAUACGCGGAGGUCAAGAGCAAGGGCAAGUACAUCGCGUAGCGCGCGCCAAGCCGCCUCGUUAAUCUACACGCUUCCUACGCUGUUAUUAUACUACUACUUUGCCCGCCUCGCGCGGAGCGUUCUUCAACCAAUAAAUCUCCAAAAUAAGGUAGG